CCGUUACACUACACAUGCAGUGAUUGGUAGAAGGUUUUUGUUGCUAUAAUCCCUCCAGUUUAAGAGAGCUAUUCACUCGUCUGUGAUCUCAGGGACCCGGUGUCUCAUCGUCAGUCAUAUCCGGAGCACGCAUGGCUUCUCAAAAGCAGAACGACAGCUCAGCCGCCGGCUACCAGCCGCUCUUCAAAUCAUUCGCUACUGAUGCGAUCCACGUUGGUUCAGAGCCGGAGCAGUGGAACUCUAGGGCCGUAGUGCCUCCUAUUUCGCUGUCUACUACCUUUAAACAACACGGACCGGGGAAGCAUGCGGGUUUUGAGUACAGCAGGAGUGGAAAUCCCACAAGAAGCUGUCUUGAGAGAGCAGUUGCUGCUUUGGAUGGUGCACAAUACUGUCUCGCUAUUGCCUCUGGAACGGCUGCCAUUUUGACCAUCACACAUCUUCUUAAGGCUGGAGAUGGAAUUUUGUGCAUGAAUGAUGUUUAUGGAGGAACAAAUGAGUAUUUAUCAAAAAUAGCUGCGGAAUUUGGCCUUGCUGUCUGUUUUGUGGACCUCACAAAGCUAGAGUUGCUAAAAGCAGCUCUAAAACCAAAUACAAAGAUGUUAUGGAUUGAAACGCCCACAAACCCUACAUUGAAGGUUGUGGACAUCAAGGGCUGUGCAGAUAUUGUCCAUGAGCACAACAAGGACAUAAUUGUUGUUGUGGACAACACUUUCAUGUCGUCCUAUUUUCAGCGCCCCCUUGCACUUGGAGCAGACAUCUGCAUGUACUCUGCAACAAAAUAUAUGAAUGGACACAGUGAUGUUGUGAUGGGACUGAUUUCUCUCAGCCGUGAUGACCUCAAUGAACGACUGAAGUUUUUGCAGAGUGCUCUUGGGGCUGUGCCUUCUCCGUUUGAUUGUUAUAUGUGCCACCGGGGUCUGAAGACACUCCACGUGAGAAUGAAGCAGCACUUUAAGAACGCAAUGGCCGCGGCACAGUUUCUGGAGGCCGACCCAAGAGUGGACAGAGUCAUCUUCCCAGGUCUUCCAUCCCACCCUCAGCAUGAGCUGACAAAGAGACAGUGCACAGGUUGUCCUGGGAUGAUCUCUUUCUACAUCAAAGGAAAACUGGAGCACGCCUCAACUUUCCUCCGCAGUCUGAAGUUGUUUACGCUUGCUGAUAGUCUUGGUGGUGUUGAGAGUCUAGCAGAGCACCCAGUAAGUAUGACUCAUGUUUCUGUGCCUGAAAAUGAGAAGAAAGAGCUGGGCAUUAGUGAUACGCUCAUUCGUUUGUCUGUGGGCCUGGAGGAUGAGGAAAAUAUUAUUGCAGACCUAGACCAAGCCCUCCGUACUGCAGAAGGUCCCAUUGAGAAAUAGAAUAUCUUCUUCCAGGCAGUCCUGGUCAAGAUGGCUACAUAAAGUUUCACAUAAAGAACACAAUACACAAUUUAAACAACAAAUACAAUUAAAUAUAUGAAAGAUCAAUGAUAAUAGCAACAUGAUUCCUUCAGUGCAGCCUGCAGUAAAUGGAAUUGAUUCUAAGAAAAAUGACGGCUUGCAUGUUAUUCCAUAACCAGGGUGCAUAAAAAGAAAAAGCACUUUUAACAUAGGAACAUUCAAAUGAAUAACAGUAGUUGAUCUAGUAAAGAUGGACUUGUUAUAGUAAUAUGAUAUAAGACUAGAGAUGCGAGUAGUAAGUUUGCAACAAAUAAUAACAUAUACAUUUUCCUUCUUUGACAUAAGCAGGACCAACCUGCAGAGUCACAAUCCAACUUUUUCAGUAAGGAUGAAUUUGUGUUCAUGUACAACACAAUACCUUAAUCUAAUACUGACAAAAAGAGCUUUGUACGAUCCUCUUCCUGGCUUCGUAUGGGAGACAAGCUACCAAAUGUGUACAUUAAAAGCCAACUUUGAGAGAUAAGACUCUAUACCUUCAGUGUUAGAGAUAGACAAGACAAAUGUCUAAGUAUGACUUGGAGAAAAUAGAUUUAGAAGUUUUGGCAUUUUAAGGCCAAUUUAUAUUUUAUCAGUGGAAGCUGUAGUGAAUGAAAAGAAUCCGGCAGAAAUUCUAUGUCUUGAUUCAAAGAAGGUGCAACUAUAUAAGUAAUGGUGUUAUCAGCAUAAAAAAUGUAACUCAGUCAAAUUUAUUCUUUGGCCUAGAACUUUUAUAAAUAUAGAACAUAAAAUCGGAGCCAAAAUAGACCCUUGCGGUACACCCUUUUUAACUGUUAAUAAGGCUGAAGAAUAAUUCUCUAUCAAAAUACAUUAAGUUUUUCAGUGAGAUCUUGAAACAAAUCAAAGCCGUUUCACCUAAGCCUAUAGAUUUAAGCCUCUGUAAUAGUAGUUUAUGAUUUACAGAGUCAGGCUUUGGACAAAUCAGCAAAUAAGGCCACACUGUGCUGUUUCUUACUUAAGAUUUAAUAAUGAUUUCCUUUGUAACUAGCAAAGCCACAGUAUAGUGUUGUUGUCUGAUCUAAAACCUGAAAUUCACUCAAAAUAUUAUGUUGAGAUAAACAUUCUUUUAAUUGACCACUUACAAAACCUUUUUCCAAAACAGACAAUCUAGAAAUAGGACAAUAGUUAUUUAAUUCAGAAGGGUCUCCACCAUUUAAUAGCAGGAGGACCAUUGCCGAAUAACACUGGAGGGUAAACUCAAAUUAAAUAUAGAAGCAAUAGGUUCUGAAAUUUUUAAAACGUAGUUUUCUAUUUUAUUAGGUAUGCCAGAUUUUUUACAGUCUAGGCUCAAAAGUGCUUUAUGAACUUGUAGCUGAAAUAGAGUUAAAAGAAAAUAAUUAAGAAGGGCACCUUGCAACUGACUCAUUUCCCUUAAAAUCGUGAUCCACCAAAUUACCAUAGUUAAAAGUGUCUGCAAUAUUUGCCUUUAAAUGAACUCUGACUCACUUUUAAAAAGUCAGGAAACCUGUUUUUUUUAAAGCAUAUAUCUAUUAGUGAUUUAGACAGUUUCCAGAAUUUAACAAGAUCAAUUAUAUUUUAAUUUAUCAAAUUAAUAUAAUAAUCUCACUUAUUUCUUAAUGUUCUAUAAUGUGUUCAGUCUACUGUUUUCUUUGCUUAUGCUUAAUGGCUAUGCAUGAUUUUUUUUGUCUAAUAAAGGCUGAAAUGGAUUCAUUAAACGAAGGGUUGUUUCUGUCACUUAUCCUGAAUCUUCUGAAAGGAGCAUGAUUAUCACAGAAAGCUAAGGGGGGUA